GGCGGGGCGGGGCUUGGGAGAAGCACAAGGUGCCUUUGCGAAGCGUGGGGAGCCGCUGCCGCCGGGUUUCUCCGUGCCGGGAGGCGAGCUGAGCCUCGUCUCGCUGGGCGGGCGGGCGGCGGCGGGAGCAGCCCCUCGGCGGGGCCCUCGGAUGGAAGCGCCGUCGGCGGGGCGGGUCGGGCUCCGGUCCAGGUCCCCGCGCGCCCCUCUCGCCCUGGGCUGGCCCCUGCCCACCGCCGCCCUCUGCGCCUACGGCUUCUUCGCCAACCUCCGGCCCUCCGAGCCCUUCCUCACGCCUUACCUGCUCGGGCCAGACAAGAACCUCACCGAAACCCAGGUCUUCAAUGAAAUCUAUCCAGUAUGGACGUACUCUUACCUGGUGCUGCUGUUCCCUGUCUUCUUGGCAACGGACUUCCUCAGAUACAAGCCGGUCAUCCUCCUGCAAGGACUAAGCCUUAUUGUGACAUGGUUUAUGCUGCUUUAUGCCAAAGGACUCUUGGCUAUUCAGUUCUUGGAAUUUUUCUAUGGACUGGUAACUGCAACAGAAAUAGCCUAUUAUUCCUACAUAUAUAGUGUUGUGGACCUAAACUUAUACCAAAAAGUCACAAGCUAUUGCCGAAGUGCAGCCCUUGUGGGUUAUACUGUAGGUUCUGUCUCUGGGCAGAUCCUGGUGUCUGUCGUUGGCUGGUCUUUUUUCGUUUUGAAUGUGGUGUCUCUCACCUCCGUAUCGGUGGCCUUUGCUGUGGCCUGGUUUCUGCCCAUGCCACAAAAAAGUCUUUUUUUCCAUCACCAUCACUCGCAUGCUCAGGUCAGUAAGGAGACGAAAGUUGUAGAAUGUAGAAAUGGAACAGUCCUCCAAGAUGAUCCUGCCUUAAAGAGGGUGCCUGGGUGGGACGAUGUUGAAUCGAACAUUCCUUUAAAUAUAGAAGAACAUCCCGAAGAGCAACAGGAGCAGAAGGUGGACAUUGGGAAGGUAAUAAAAGAGCUCUGGCAGGAUUUCCUCCAGUGUUACUCUUCUCGAACUCUGCUGUGUUGGUCUGUCUGGUGGGCACUCUCCACUUGUGGCUACUUCCAGGUGGUAAACUACACUCAAGGCCUGUGGGAAAAGGUGCAACCUUCUCAGACCUCAGAGAUCUACAAUGGUGGUGUGGAAGCUGCUUCCACAUUGUUGGGAGCUGUGGCUGUGUUUGGUGCAGGCCAUGUAAAAAUAUCUUGGGCUACUUGGGGUGAGAUCGUCUUAGCCAUGUUCUCCCUGUUAAUUGCUGCGGCUGUGUAUAUCAUGGACACCAUUCGUAACAUCUGGGUGUGCUACACUUCCUAUGUAGUUUUCCGAAUUGUCUAUAUGCUGCUCAUCACAGUAGCAACGUUCCAGAUUGCUACAAAUCUCAGUGUAGAGCGCUAUGCCCUAGUUUUUGGUGUCAACACAUUCAUCGCCCUGGCAUUGCAGACACUGCUAACUUUGAUAGUUGUUGAUGCCAGAGGACUUGGGCUAGACAUAUUUACCCAGUUCAUGAUCUAUGCAGGUUACUUUGCUGUCAUAUCGGUAAUAUUCUUCAUCAGUGGCACAUGCAGUAUUAUCGCAAAUUACCGGAGGAAGGAGAGGAGGAGGAGAAACAACACCACAGAAAAUGGUGCUUAAAAAUGCAGACUUUCAGUUUGUUCAACAUGUCCCCAAGCAAGAGGGAUCUAUUUUAUAUAUGCAGUUUCUUAUUUAUUAAUGUAUUGACAUGUGGUUAUUUCCAAACUGUUACCUGAACUGUACUUGACCAAUAUUUGUACUAUAUUAGUAGCAUAGGUUAGUAACAGAAUGUACUGAACUGUAUCUUACAUAAGUAAGAAUAGUAUUUAUAAAAACAUGGUCUCAGAGAGACAAUUUUGUUCUCUGUAGGGGAGAUCUGACUUGCUGAUUUCCCUCUUUCUCUUGUGACAAACAAGCCAUAAAGCCAUCAGUGGAAUAUGGGUUUUUUAAACUGUCUCUGUCCAUGUUGAUAAUGCUUUUGGAAAACUGAGUCUCUAAGAUACUGGAACUCGAGCAUAGCCAAGAGCUGGAAUCAAUUGUGACCUUCAAGUUGGCAGUGAAAGAACAUCGUCAUGGAGAUGUUGCACUCCUGAAUGUUAAAGAGCUCUCAUUUUCACACACAAAUAUUUUCCACAUUGUUGUAUGUCUUGUCUGCCUUUUGGCAUCUCUAAAGCAGGAGUGGGCAAUGUGGCCCUCCAGAAGUUGUUGUAGUAUACAUCCCAGCAUCUGUCACCACUGGUUAUGGUGAUUAAGGUUAAUGGGAGCUUCAGUACAACAGCACCUGGAGAACUGUACUUUGCUAACCAGUGCACUAAAAGUUUAGUUUUCUGUAAUUGUCCUUGCCCAUUAGAUUGAAGUAAAUAAAAUGAGUGUUGACUUCUGACCUCAUGAAAAUACCGGUUGUACCUCUUAAUUUAUAGACAUGGCGGGUCACUGUGAGCAGAUAUACCAAAUCUAUGUUCCUUUCAAGGCUUUAUUCAGCUCCUGUGUAUAGACAUGUUAACAGUCUGUUAAGCUGUUAUAUUUAAGCUCUUGAUAGUAGACAGUGACUGGAAGAAUGAACCAACAGCAAUAUUGUCUGGCAAAAUCUGCUCAAAUAAAAGAAAUCCUCUUGGAUUUGAAUUUCUGCCCAACUAUUAGUAUUUCAAAUUAUAGACAAAGACGUUGACAACACUGAGUGGAAGUUUGUCGUUAUUGGUAUUUCCUCUGAUUUCCCUGGGCCUGCUUUUUAAAGCUUUGUUGAUGUAAGUUACAUGUAUAUAAUACUGUAUUAUGCUGAGCUGUGAUAAUAUUAGCAGAUGUGUUCAUGUAAAUGCAGCAAAAUCUACAAGGGCUGCUGUGUAGCUUCUAAUAAGGCAGUAUUUUCCAUGUAGAAGGGGAGGAAAAAAAAGCCUUAGGUCUACUUAAAUCUAGUUCAUAGCCCCAGUUAGAGGCUCCAUAACUCUGUGAAAACUUGGUAAGUCAGCAUUUCUUUUAAGUUCUACUAAUUAAAUUGAUCUGCUUCAACUGAGAUUAGCAAUUGGAUUUUAGGCUUAUUAUGAGAAGCUCUUUAUUUUAAGGCCUGUUCCUAGUGUCAUGUGAUAACUGAUCAUUUAAUGUUGUCCUUCAUUAAGUAAGAAUGUUCAUGUGUGAAUAUGAAAUCCCAUUGUAUUAUUGUAUUUUCAGUACUGAACUUGACAGUCUUGUUUGAGAUCCAUCUUCUGAUACACACAAGCAGCAUGCUACUGGUUCCAAGUGUAUAGGGAGCUUGAAAUUGGAUUGGAAUUUAAAUGUUGACCUCUUUAAAGGCUACGGUUCACUAAGAAUACUAAUACUGAUAUAAAUUCAGACAGGUUUAUUCAUACCAUUAGGAUUUUUUAGCUACCUUUGUAACGAGGUCUGUUUAGCGGUCCAAUGGAUGGUGUGUUGUCAAGUGCAACGUCAUGGGAAACAAACAUUUCUUGGUUUAAAACCUGCCUUCCAUCUCACAUUUACAGUUGCCUCAGAUUGAAGAACAAGUAGCCAUAUUCCAGAUGCCUUCUAAAAAUAAAUUAACCACUAUUAACAGGAAAGAGUGAGAACCUAUACCCUGGCAGAUUUGUGAAGCAAAUGAUAAGAUAAUCAAGAGAGAAAGCUGGACUUUUAAUAUGUUUUUUAAAAUGUCUUUAAGACAAACUAGGCAUAAUAUUGUGUGAAUGCAGUUUAUGUGUUUUAUUAACGCACAAGCUUUUUGGAAGCCUGGGCAACUUUAGGACCAAGGAAGAUAAGGAGGGGAAGCUUAGCUUCUCCCCUUGCUAUACAUUCAAUAAAAUUGUCUCCAUCAAGCUGCAUAUAGCACCAUUAGAGAGAUUACUUUCACUGGUGUGCCUUCUUUCCCUGGUACCCUGUUGCUCAUGUUUCCUCUCAGUUGCUAUAACAAAAAAGAUGCACAUUAAGUCCUUUAUCAAGUUAAAAUUGUUUGGCAUUAUGCCUUUCAUCUCUGGGGAAAACUGAAAUAAGGUAUUCCUUGCACAAGAACUGCCUUAUACUACAUGUAACUGGCUAUGCCAUACAUAUCCAGUUUAUUGAAUGUAAGCCUGGAAGUGGUUCCAGGAUCCUCUGCAUUGUUGUGUCAAGCUCAUGUAUUAAUGCGAAAAAAUAUGUCAAGAACUCCAAUACAGCACUAAAAAUAAAACAUGUAAAUGAGACAGUUGUGAGAAAACUUUAUUCUGUCCAAGUUGUAAAACUAUUUUUAUCAAAUAAAAAUAUUUUAUCAUA